UGCCAAUGUGACAAUCCUUCCUCCAAUUCGAUGGUUAGGAUUGAGUGGGUGCAAUUUAAAUGGAGAAAUUCCAACUUGGAUAAUGAAUCUAACAACUUUAAAUUACCUGGUCCUUUCCCGUAAUGAUCUUCAAGGUGAAAUUCCAUAUUUCCUCUUCAAGUGACAUGCUUUCAAAGCUCCAAAAGCUUACUGUUCUUGGUUUAGGCGGAGGCAACAAAUUGUCUUUUCUUGAAGGGAAGAACACUUCCAAAGUAACAUUUCUUUCUCAAGUUCGAGCUUUGGAUUUAACUUCAUGCAAUUUUGUUCAUUUUCCCAAUUUUAUACAACACUUGCAAGAGUUGACUACUCUUUCCAUAUCAAACAACAACAUAAAGACAAUACCGAGUUGGUUAUGGAACAAAACAACUCUUGAGAGUUUGGAAGUUUCCAACAACCUAUUGAUGGGAGAUAUAUCCCCCUCCAUAUGCAACCUGCAGUCACUUGUGGAACUUGAUUUAUCUUCCAACAAUUUAGUUGGCAUGAUUCCAUCAUGUUUGGGAAGCUUUAGCCAAUCCCUUCAACUUUUGAAUGUCUCAGGAAACAAAUUGACAGGCAAUAUUCCUCAAAUUUAUGUGAAAGGAAAUCUCCUUCAGUUGAUCGAUUUUAGUUCUAACAAGUUGUACGGUCAAUUACCAAGAGCACUUGUCAAUUGCAGAAUGCUUGAGUUUCUUGAUGUGAGCCGUAACCAUUUCAAUGACUCAUUUCCUUUCUGGUUGGGAUCUCUUCCUAAGUUAAAGGUUCUUUCUUUACGUGAUAAUCAAUUUCACGGAGCUAUAAUGUGUCCAUUGAAAUACACAUUUCCCCAACUUCGAAUCAUUGAUCUUUCUCAAAAUCGUUUCUCAACGAAAUUAACAUCAGAAAUAAUCAUGUGCUUCAAAUCGAUGAUCAUAUCCAACAAAAGGCAACUGGAUUUCAAGGACGUGAUUCAUAGUGACAAUGCGGAAAUAGAUAUUGAUUCGCAUCCAUUUUCAAUGUCCAACAAAGGAGUUGUCAUGGAUUAUCUUGGGAGUCAAUACCUUCAUCACAUGGUGGCCAUUGAUCUUUCAUGUAACAAAAUUUCGGGAGAGAUUCCAGAUAUCAUGGGAAGUUUGAAUGGUCUUGUUGUGCUCAAUUUGUCCAAUAACAUGUUUACUGGCAGCAUCCCAUCUUCUUUCGGAAAGCUUUCAAGUCUUGAAGUGCUGGACCUUUCUCUCAAUAGCCUGUCAGGAAAUAUUCCUCAACAACUCACAGAACUAACCUUCUUGGAUUUUUUCAAUGUGUCUUUCAACAAUCUCUCAGGUCCAGUACCAGAAAAUGGCCAACUUUCUACCUUUGAUAAUAAUUCAUUUGAGGGAAAUAAAGAUUUGUGCGGGAUUCAAUUGUUGAAGAAAUGUGAAGAUCAUCCUAAGCCUCCAUUGCAAAAACCUGAUGGUGAUCAAGAUUCUGAGUCAGGAUAUUUCUUUGAAUUUUAUUGGAUGGUAAUUCUAAUUGGAUAUGGGGGUGGCCUUGUUGUUGGGUUAGCAGUGGGAGAUGCUUUUUCUGUGGAUGUUUAUAGGUUGCUGAAAAAGAUCUUUUAAGUCACAAGUCUAGAUGUUGGUCUUUUCAUGUGUGUAAUCUUAGAUUAU